AUGAGUGUUUUUGUAAAAUUUUUUUUUGAAAAAGUAAUUUAUUCGGAUGGAAGUGAUAAAUCAUUUAAAAAACAAAAUGAUAAAGUCUAUUCUCCAGUUUUUGGUGAAUUCAUGAAAGAGAAUCAUCACGGAAUGAUAACUCAUAAAACACCAAAUCGUCCUUAUUCAUUUGCUUUAUCUGAGAAUGAAAAUAGGACAAUUGCUCAACAACAACAAAUGGAAUAUUAUGGACAUUAUGUUAAUCCAAUUACAGGUUUACCAAGUUUUCCUGAUUAUAUUACACAAGAGGAUAGACAAUUGGAAGAAUUGAGAAGAAUGGAUGGAACUAAUAGAUGGAUGAAUCAAUAA